GACAGCCCCGCCUCCCGCUCCCGUCCCGCUUCGCUCCAGCCGACUUGGCUGGCUGGUUUGCGCCAUCGCCAGCACCAGCACCGGCACUGGCAUCAUCACGUCCAGCCCGGGCUGAGCAGCUCGAGUCCGCCCAUCCAGCGCUGUCACUUGUUGACUGCCCGCGACCGGCCAGCUUCUUCCACUAUUGCGCGUUGUCCGUGCCGAGCCACAUUACUUAACAACAUUCGGCACCUUGCUCAUGAUCAUGAACGGCUCGUCGUCUACUGGCACAGACCACGCCGCAGAUUCUGCAGCAACCUCGGGGCCGCCGCUUAUGGCUGGUGCGAACGGCAAUGGUAACGGCAACAACACGACCACUUCCGCCGCCGCCGCCGCCGCCGUGCUCGCCAACAAGAAACGCAAGACCAAGCCCAUCAUUACAACCGAGGGUCCCGCACCAGGACCACCGCACCUAGCCACAAACAUGGGCCAGCACUCACCCACAUCGUCAUCCGGUCCCGAGGACGCCGCCGAAAACACAGCCGACGAGGAGGACUCUGAAGACUACUGCAAGGGUGGCUACCACCCCGUCCAGAUCGGCGAGAAGUUCAAGGAUGGCAAAUAUGUCGUCGUCCGCAAGCUGGGCUGGGGCCAUUUCUCCACCGUCUGGCUUUCGCGCGACACCACCAAUGGCAAGCAUGUUGCCCUCAAAGUCGUCCGGUCCGCGAGCCACUACACCGAGACAGCGAUCGACGAGAUCAAGCUUCUUCAGAAGAUUGUCCAAGCCAAUCCGAACCACCCCGGUCGCAAAUACGUCGUCAGUCUCCUGGACUCGUUUGAGCACAAAGGACCAAAUGGAGUGCACGUCUGCAUGGUGUUCGAGGUCCUCGGUGAGAACCUGCUAGGCCUUAUCAAGAAAUGGCAGCACCGGGGCAUUCCUCGAGAGCUCGUUAUGCAGAUCACGAAGCAGGUCCUCAUGGGCCUCGACUACCUCCACCGAGAAUGCGGCAUUAUCCACACCGAUCUCAAGCCCGAGAAUGUGCUCAUCGAGAUUGGUGAUGUCGAGGAAGUGGUUCAAAAGGUGGUCAAAACCGAGAAUGUCGACAAAGAGAACAACCGAAAUGGUCGGAGGAGGAGACGGACUUUGAUUACCGGCAGUCAGCCACUGCCAUCCCCGCUCAACGCAACUUUCAACAGGGACAACCUGUUCGCAUCUGCAACCUCUCACAGCAGCUUGAAUGCCAUGAUGAGCGACACAGAUUCAGCAGGGCAGACACCAGACGAGGCGCAAGGCCAGAGAGAGAAAACAGCUGACAUCCUCACGAGGGAGGUUUCAGGAAUCUCGCUGGACAAGUCUGGGGGCUCCUCAGAUGACAAGAAGAAGCGGAAGCGCAGAGGACCCAUUAUCAACGUCAAGAUAGCGGACCUGGGCAAUGCCUGCUGGGUGUCGCAUCACUUCACCAACGACAUUCAGACACGACAGUACAGAUCUCCGGAGGUCAUUCUUGGCUCGAAAUGGGGUGCCAGUACGGAUGUGUGGAGUAUGGCUGCCAUGGUGUUUGAAUUGAUCACGGGCGAUUACCUCUUCGAUCCACAAUCCGGUACCAAGUACGGAAAGGAUGAUGACCACAUUGCACAGAUUAUCGAGCUGUUGGGGCCUUUCCCGAAAGAGCUGUGGAAGACUGGUCGGUGGUCGCAGGAGAUUUUCAACAAAAGAGGAGAGCUGCGAAACAUCCACCGGCUUCGACACUGGCAACUUCCAGAUGUGCUUAGGGAAAAGUACCACUUCAAGGACGCCAAGGAGCUCACACCGAAGGAGAAGGAGGAGAAAGAAAAGGCUUCCAGAGAGCGUGCCGAGGCGAAGGCGAAAGCCAAGAUGGAGGCAAGAAAGGCCGGCAAGGACGAGGAUGAAGUGGAGGAGCGGUUUGCAGAGCCAGAACCGCCCCUGGAAUACCGGCCGACCGAAGUCGCGAGCUUCCUGCUCCCCAUGCUUGAGCUCAUUCCCGAGAAGAGAGCAAACGCAGGCGGCAUGGCUAAUCACCCCUGGCUUGCAGACACGCCAGGCAUGGAAGAUGUCAGGCUUCCGGGAUUAGUGCACGGCAGUCAGGGCGAGGGCAUCGAGGGCUGGGCUACAGAGACUAAGAGACGGUAGACUAGACCACGAACGAGUCUGGCGUUCGGAGCACACACACACAUCGUCAAAAACUUGUUUUAAACAGCGAAGCAAUUAGACGUCUUUUUCUCCGAAACUGCUCCUCGAGACGCCCCUGGAGUGCGUCAAGCUCAUAGUGGGCUGGAAUACUGAUGUGAAAG